AUGUUAAAGAACUUUGUAUCCCCCUUGGCUCCCAGAGCUUUAACAAGGAACUACCAGGUUGUUUCUACCGUGAGGAAAGUCAUACCGGUGUACCCUCCAGUGGAAAAGAUCCAGAAGGCUAAUAUUGUGCAAACUUUAGCCAAGAAGGACCUCGAUACCAAGCUAGACCCUAGUGGUUGGAGACGGAAACUUGUGGGAAAGUCUCCAAAGGACAGUAUAAGUGCUGGAGACGUUGUUCGUGUGGUAUACGAUUCUAAAAAAUGCUCUUAUGACAACUUUGUGGGUUAUGUGCUAGCUGUGAACCGUAAAAAUCUCAUCCAAGAUGCUUCGCUGCAAUUGAGAAACCAGAUCUCCAAAACGGCAGUUGAGGCUACAAUUCCAAUCUUUUCCCCUUUGAUAGAGAGAAUCGAUAUCCUAAGAAAGGCGGACAGCAGGAGAAAGAGAAACAGACAUUAUUACAUCAGAGGCACCAAACUGGAUGUUGGUGAUUUGGAGGCCUCCUUGAGGAAAAAGAGGUAG